CCAGGAUCAAGCAUAUCCCAAAGCAGCAGAGAGGCAAAAGGCAGAAAGGAAGCGGGGUGACUGUCCUCGACUGCAGCGACUCUGCCUGUGGUGGGGAUUGUCGCUCGCCGCUGCCUGCUCUGCGGGUGGCAGACGCCCACUCGCGCCUGCCGUCUUGCUGGAGAUCAUUGCCCACUGCCAGCAGAUCGUGGAGAUGAGUGUGCAAAAAUCCUUCAUGUACGUUGGUGUGGAAGUUGAUGAUUUAAAGCAGUUUAUGCUAACAUGGCAGGUUUUGGACUGGAAGGAUGAGAGUGCUGCAAUAGGGGUGGUAAACUCCUGGCGGUACCUGGUCCUGGAUAGCUGUGAGGGUCAGAAGGUGCUCCUUGGUGAACAUUCUGAAACAAGAGAGAAGACAUACAGCCUUACAAAGAUGCUUAUUAGGAAGAAUAUUAUAUCUUUGGCACAGACAUUCAGCCUAGAUGACCUCGAUGAUGAGUUAUGCCAGGAAUCUUCAGAAAAUCAGGUUGCUUGUGCUCCACAAAUCCAUAACAAGUGUGAUUCAAAACAGCAUCCUUUAGCACAGAAUGCUGUUAAUGAUUCACUGCUUGAGAUGGUGGAAAGCCAGGGAGCAGUGGGAUGGAGAGAAGCGCAGGUACGAGUCGUUAUCCAGAGGGUGUACUGUUUGCCUGCAAGAGAAGCUUACAGAAGCCAUGUUCAAGGAAAGAAGCCUCUUUGUGCAACACCCAUCAUAAAUCCAGAUCCACCAAAUGUCAGGUUGUGCCUCCUUGUCCAGGAUGCCUAUGGUAUGUUCAGCGAAGUGCAGUUGCAAUCCCUGAGUUCUGCAGAUGACACUGAGCAGUAUUGCAGGAGAUGGGAAGGAAAAUUCUGCUGCUUAGCUGGAAUGAAAAUUCUGCAAAGAACUACAAGAGGAAGGGCAUUAGGACUUUUUAGCCUGAUAGAUAGUCUGUGGCCUCCAGUAGUGCCUGUAAAAGUUCCUGGGCAAAGUCAAGACUCUGAAAUGAUGACAACUAAUCUUCCUCCUCCCAGCUUCUGUUAUAUUCUUACUGUUCAGUCUGGUGAAAUACAUGUGGAAGUGGAUGAGGAAGAACAGGUUUCUAAUUUGUACCAGCCACCAGCUGUUCAUGGUCUACAGGAAAUUCUUCAGAUGGAUGGUUGUAAUGAACGUUGUAGCUUUUGGGCGCAAGUGCUGUAUCUAAGGCUGCAGACAAAACACAGUGUUCCUAUAAAUCAAAGAGAGAUUUUGUUGUUUGUGACUGACAGCUCAUUGCAAAAUGUGGUUCAUACCACUCCAAAAGUUGUUGCUGUGUCGGUCACUGCAUCAUGUGUUUUCAGUGCGGAAAUCACCGAAGCCCUCAGUGUUGCCUCACAACGCGUCUACUUCAAGGAUGCGCUGUGGGGAAAUGGUAGGAUUAUUUGUGUUGAACGUACUGUUCUCUUACUACAAAAGCCUCUUUUGUGCUCGGCUGCCGGUGCUGACCUCAGUGAGCUGACUGGCCCUGUCAGACUCGAUGAGCUGGAUUCUACAACACAGGCCAACUCCAUUUGUGCUCUAAGAGGUACUGUGGUUGGAGUUAAUGAGAGCACUGCUUUCUCCUGGCCUACAUGUGACAGAUGUGGCAAUGGAAAGUUGGAGCCGUGUCCCCAGGACAGAGGAUUGCUGUAUUGCAACCAGUGCUCUGAAGUUGUUGUUUCACCGGUUGUGAAAAUGCAGCUGGAAGUCUUCUUGAGUUGUCCAUCCCAACCUCAAAGUGUAAUAAAAGUAAAGCUGUUACAAAGGACAAUCUCUUCUCUCCUGAUGUCCUCUGCCUGUGAGGAUGGGAGUUAUGAGGUGCAGAGCGUGCUGGGAAAGGAGGUGGGGUUACUGCACUGCUACGUCCACUCCGUCAGCAGCCACCCCAACCGCGUUGCACUAGAGGAAAUCUUCCUGCUGGAAGCGCCUGCAGGACACUGA